CCGUCAUUCCGUCCUGCUGCAGAUGAGUCACUUGGGGAUUUCGUAUUUUUAUUAUUAUUCUUUACGUCAUCUCUUCGUGAAGGUGCGUUUGGAAAAAUAAAAAUAAAAAUAAGAAAAAGAGGGAGAGGGGGGAAAAAAGAAAAGAAAAGAAGCCAUCGGAAAAUACCGGACACUGCCAAAAUGUCAAACCACUUUCAACAUGGCGGGUUAUUGGUGUUUCGGAAGGGGGACGAAACUGCGCCUUAAAAUCUUUGAACGAGGAAAAAAUACAACGCGGGCAGAUAGCGCGCCCGGUUCGGUUUCUUUUGAUGCGCACAGGCGAGGUUUAAUCAAUUAAAUUCAAAGUGUGCUUUUGGCGAUUCCGUGGGAGUUUUUUUCCGCUGCAGUUGUGAGUGUGCAAAGUACAUGACCGGAGUGGCAGCUUCAAGCUCUGCCUUGCCUUUUCUGCUGGUCGGCUACACCCCUCUCUCCCUCUCUCUCUCCCUCUCUGUCUCUCUGUCUCUCUCUCACACAGGCUCAUCUUCCUCAUGUGCACUUCACGUUUCCUCUUUCACUUUUAUCCACAAAAAAAAAGAGAGAGAGAAAGAGAGAGAAAGAAAUAAUGCUCACACCACGACACGUCUGCGUCUUCAGAUCGCGUUCAUUCUGGGAUUGAUUCUCGCUGAUUGUGUCUCUUUGCGUAAAUGCGCGCUGAUUACGCAGGAUAAUUGGAUUAAACCUCGCGUAUGUGUUUUAAUUAUUACUCCCUGUUUUUUUUCCCCUUCGAAUUCCCUGCGAAUUCGGCUUUAUUCGAGGAUCCAUUCGUCCAGAUCAAAAUCCGUCACCGUAAUGAACGGAAACAAUAAAGACUGCACGUUGUGGAGCCGACGAGAGGCAUGUGCGAUGAAUAAAUCAUGCUUUUAGACUUCUUGUUGCUCCAAAGACAUUUUCUUCUUCUUCUUCUUCUUUUCCUUCUUCCUUCCUCAGCUGCUGCGGAGUGGGGAUGGGUUGGUGAGCGAAGGGGGCUCGUAGAUAAAGACAUGCUGUGAGAAAUGGAGCACUUUGAUGGAGAGAAAUCCUAAAGGGCCGACAAAAGGACGGCGAGAGAUGCAGUGAAGAAGAACGGACACACCUCGGGUCAAAGGUUAACGUUCACCAGGAAGCGGAGGUGCAGGAUGCAGUCUCGUGCGCAGGAGCAGCCGCUGGCCCUCACCAUCGCGGUGAAGCCACACUAUUCCACCAACGGGAAGGAAGAGGAGGUGAACACAGAUGCAGAGUCGAUGGAAGAGGAGGCAGAGUUUAACUGGGAGGAGUACAUGGAGGAGACGGGGGCCGACGCCGCCCCUCACACCACCUUCAAACACGUGGAGAUCAGCCUGCAGAGCAGCUUCCAGCCCGGCAUGAAGCUGGAAGUGGCCAACAAGAGCAACCCGGACACGUACUGGGUGGCGACCAUCAUCACCACAUGCGGCCAGCUGCUUCUGCUGCGCUUCAGCGGCUACGGCGACGACCGCAAGGCCGACUUCUGGUGCGAUGUCAUGACGGCCGAGCUGCACCCGGUGGGCUGGUGCACCCAGAACAACAAGACCCUGAUGCCCCCCGAAGAUAACAUUUACCUAAGAAAAGCCAUCAAGGAGAAAUACAGCGACUGGACAGAGUUCCUGGUUCAGGACCUGACCGGAUCCAGGACGGCACCGGCCAACCUGCUGGAGGGGCCUCUCAGAGGUAAGAACACGGUGGAUCUGAUCGUCGAGGGUUCGGUCCUGGAGCUUCAGGACGUCUCCGACCCGUUCCUCUACUGGCCCGUCAGAGUGAUCCAGAACGUUGGAGGGAGGCUGCGUCUACGCUACGCCGGCCUCGCGGACAGCCACCAGGCUCAGGACACCUGGCUGUUCUACCUGGACGUCAGGCUCCGCCCACUCGGCUGGGCUCUGGAGAACCGUCUCGCCCUAGAACCGCCCACAGCGCUCCGGUCUCUGAGGAGCGGCGCCGACUGGCAGCGAGCUCUGGAGGACGCUCGGCUGGACGGACAGAAGAACCCACUGCCGCUGGAGGUGUUCAAGGACCACGUAGACCUGCCGAAGCACUCCUUCAAGAUGGGGAUGAAGCUGGAGAUGGUCUCUCCGUGGGAGCAGCUCCAGAUCUGCCCCGUUUCUGUCACCAAGGUCUACAGUGAGAUCUACUUCCAGGUGACGCUGGAUGAUCUCUCCGUGGACGCAAAGCCUCGGUUCGUGCUGUGUCACGCCAACUCUCCCGGCAUCCUGCCCGUGCAGUGGUGUCUAAAGAACGGCGUGGGCCUGGAGCGGCCCCGGGGCUACGAGGGCCAGGACUUCGACUGGGCCGACUACCUGAAGCACAGCGGGACGGAAGCAGCUCCUGACGCCUGCUUCCCUGAUACAUGGCAGAACAGAGGCUUUGCCAAGGACAUGUGGCUGGAGGCGGUGAACCCUCACCGGCCAGCGGAGGUGUGUGUGGCUCAGAUCACACAGGUCAGAGGACGCCUGCUGUGGCUCAGACUGGAAGGUGUGGCGAAGCCGCUGUCACAGUGUAUCGUGGACGUCGAGUCCAUGGACAUCUUCCCUGUCGGCUGGUGCGAGGCCAACGCUUACCCUCUGACCCCUCCACUCAAACCUGUCUGCCAGAAGCAGAAGAAGAUUGCGGUGGUGCAGCCGGAGAAACAGUUGGCUCCGGCCCAGCCACCAGAGACGACUCCCGUAAUCCACUGCCAGCCCGCCGCCACAGAUCCAGGCUCAGCCAACGGUCGAUACUGCUGCUCCAAGAUUUUUGUCAACCACCGCUGUUUCUCAGGGCCGUACCUCAACAAGGGAUGCAUCGCCGAGCUGCCGCAGGCCGUCGGACCCGGGAAAUGCACGCUGGUCCUCAAAGAGCUGCUGAGCAUGCUGAUCAACGCCGCGUACAAGCCCGGACGAGUCCUGAAGGAGCUGCAGGAGCUGGAGGAUCAGAGCUGGGACUGCCAAGAGGAGACCCUCAAAGCCAAGUAUAAAGGGAAAACGUAUCGCUCCACCAUCCGGAUCGUCCGCCUCGCCGACCAGAUCCCGGACUUCUGCAGGAAGGUGUGCGUGAAGCUGCAGUGCUGCCCGAACCUCUUCAGCCCCGUCCUCGUCACCGACAAGUGCCCGGAGAACUGCGCCGUUCAGACCAAAACCAAAUACACCUAUUACUAUGGGAAGAAGAGGAAGCUGUCCAAGCCGGCGGCAGGAGAGGAGACGGCGGACGGAGAGCCGGCCAAGCCGACGCGCCGCAGGAAGAAGAGGAAAGCUAUCUUUGUGCAGAAGAAGAGACGCUCGUCCACCGUGGACUACACUCCUGCCGGCUCACCGCAGGACAGUGACGAGGGAGAGGAGGAUGAAGAGAUGGCGUUGCAGUCGAGCAGCGAGGGCACCAGCUCGGAGCCACGCGAGGACCACACCGACGCCUCCUCGGUGGAGGUGACCAGCAGCCGUCCUCGCCGGGCCGUGACGCUGCGCAGGUCCUUCAGCAGGAGGAGCACCGCGGGCAGCCAGGAGGCUCCCGAGGGCCGCAGGAGGUCGACCCGCUCGCUGUCGGCCUGCAGCCAGAACAAAUAUCAGCCGCCCAAAGGACAAGACAUGCAGGUGGAGGAGGAGGGUCAGCUGGUUUUGGACAGAAAUCCUCUGGAGUGGAGCGUCGACGAAGUCGUCCAGUUUAUCAACUCGACUGACUGUGCAUCCCUGGCCAACAUCUUCCAGGAGCAGGACAUCGACGGUCAGGCUCUGCUGCUGCUAACUCUGCCCACAGUGCAGGAGUGUAUGGACCUGAAGCUCGGUCCCGCCAUCAAACUGUGUCACCAGAUCGAGCGCGUCAAGGUUGCCUUUUACAGACAGUACGCCAACUGAUCCAGGAGCAGCGCGUCACCCACUGAACACUCGGGCAGGGAAGCCUGGGAAAUGUUGGAUGUUGGAUUAGGUGCCUCCUGGUGGAAAAUUUUGGAAGUUUUGGCAAUGGAGUCUGUGCAAAGGGAUCUUUUUUUUCUUUUUUCUUUUUUUUUCGGUUUUGUUUUGGAAAGUUGCUUCGGAAAGACACAAAAAAAAACGAGGACUUGUGGAUUAAUUUCUGGGAUGCUGUUGGUGUGAAAAUGUGAUGCAGCACUCACAAGAAAAGAAAAGAAAAAGAAAAAAACUUCCCCCGCUGUCGACUCCGGCAGAACAAAACACAUCGGAGUCGAUCCGAGUGCUUUACUGAACUGUGAAGAAGUUAUUCUGAGAGGCUGAGGACUCGUUUCUGAAGAUGUUUGUGUGUUUAUUUCUUGCUUUUCACUUCCAUUUUAUUUGUGAUAGAGGAGCAUUAUAGCAGUUAAGUUAAAAAUGAGAUUGAUCUAAAGAGUUUUCUCCCCUGUUUUGGUUGACGAUUGGUUCUGAAAAGAUAUAAAUGAAAAGUAUUUAACAAACCGAGAAAUAAUAUAUUAGGAAUAUUUAUUGUUACCCUAAUUUAUAAGGAGCGAUUUAUCUAUUUGGAUGUACAGAAAAUAAUUGAGCAGUGACGUCCACAUUCACUCCUUUUCCCCACUGAAACAAACCUCUAAAAGAUAUUUAAGUUAUUUCACAAACAGAAACCAGAAUCUGCAUUUAUUUACAUUUACACUUCAGUUUGUGUUCGUAGAGGCCGUAAACGUGUCGCACGUGUUGUUUUUGGGAGAAUAAUUCUCAUAAUAAACCCUCUGAAAUACUUUUCAUUGUUACAAUCACAUGAAACAAUCAUGUAAGCUAUUUUGUGUCCAUCUAUGCAAAUGUGUUGCAGAUAUUUUUGAUAAGUAAGAAAAUAAAUUUCUAUUGAUUUUUAUCUGUU